CAAGUCUGCUCUUAGGUUUCGGUGAUCUUUUCCCCUUCAAACUUCAAUGGAAUUUUUUGAUGUGUGGCCAGUUCUGAUGGGCGAGGCUCCAGCUUACUCUGGUCCCAGGACUCCAGACGGAAGGGAAAUUAACUUCUACAAGGUCAUUGACUACAUCCUGCACGGCAAAGAAGACAUCAAAGUCAUCCCGAACCCACCCGCUGACCACUGGGCUCUAGUGAGUGGUCUCCCCACUUACGUGGCUCAAAAUGGUCUGAUCUGCAAUAUAAUGAAUGCGCCUGCAGAGGACUUUUUUGAAUUCCAGAAAGAGCCUCUGGAUGAGUCUGGGUGGAUGAUUAAAAAUGUACUCUCCAUGCCCAUCGUCAACAAGAAGGAAGAGAUCGUCGGCGUGGCCACAUUUUACAACCGCAAAGAUGGGAAGCCCUUCGACGAUAUGGACGAGACCCUCAUGGAGUCUUUGACUCAGUUUCUGGGAUGGUCAGUCUUAAACCCUGACACCUACGAGUCCAUGAACAAGCUCGAGAACAGGAAGGAUAUCUUCCAGGACAUCGUGAAAUAUCACGUGAAGUGUGAUAACGAAGAAAUCCAGAAGAUCUUGAAAACCAGAGAGGUGUACGGCAAAGAGCCGUGGGAAUGCGAGGAGGAGGAGCUGGCUGAGAUCCUGCAAGGAGAACUUCCAGACGCGGAGUCAUACGAAAUCAACAAGUUCCACUUCAGCGACCUGCCACUCACGGAGCUGGAGCUGGUGAAGUGCGGCAUCCAGAUGUACUACGAGCUCAGAGUGGUGGACAAGUUCCACAUCCCGCAAGAGGCCCUGGUGCGCUUCAUGUAUUCGCUAAGCAAAGGCUACCGGAGAAUCACUUACCACAACUGGCGGCAUGGCUUCAACGUGGGGCAGACCAUGUUCUCCUUGCUGGUGACAGGAAAGCUGAAACGGUACUUCACUGAUCUAGAGGCCUUGGCCAUGGUCACUGCUGCCUUCUGUCAUGACAUCGACCACAGAGGCACGAACAACCUCUACCAGAUGAAAUCACAGAACCCCCUGGCCAAGCUCCAUGGGUCCUCCAUCUUGGAAAGGCAUCAUUUGGAGUUUGGCAAAACACUCCUGAGAGAUGAGAGCCUGAAUAUCUUCCAGAACCUGAAUCGCCGGCAGCAUGAGCACGCGAUCCACAUGAUGGACAUCGCGAUCAUUGCCACAGACCUUGCCUUGUAUUUCAAGAAAAGGACCAUGUUCCAGAAGAUUGUGGAUCAGUCAAAGACAUAUGAGAGUACCCAGGAGUGGACCCAGUACAUGAUGCUGGAGCAGACACGGAAGGAAAUUGUGAUGGCCAUGAUGAUGACCGCCUGUGAUCUCUCAGCCAUCACCAAACCCUGGGAGGUACAGAGCAAGGUGGCUCUGCUGGUGGCUGCUGAAUUCUGGGAGCAAGGUGACCUGGAGCGCACAGUGCUGCAGCAGAAUCCCAUUCCCAUGAUGGACAGAAACAAGGCGGAUGAGCUCCCCAAGCUUCAAGUCGGCUUCAUCGACUUUGUGUGCACUUUUGUCUAUAAGGAGUUCUCCCGAUUUCAUGAGGAGAUUACACCCAUGCUGGAUGGGAUCACUAACAACCGCAAGGAAUGGAAGGCGCUGGCUGAUGAGUACGAAGCCAAGAUGAAGGCCCUGGAGGAGGAGAAGCAGAAGCAGCAGGCAGCCAAGCAAGCUGCUUCCGGGAACCAGCCAGGAGGGAACCCCACUCCAGGGGGUGCACCUGCAUCUAAGUCCUGUUGCAUCCAGUAGCUGACUGCACUGCGAGCAGGGGGCACAGCCCUCAGGAAGGAGGAGGUCACCCUGGCACUGGACAGUUAAAGAACCAGGAGCUUGGAAGUGGUGGCAAACACAGCAGGCAUCUAUAUCAUCAAAUGGUCUUAGACAUUGGUUCUGUUCUGUUCUGUUCUGUUCUGUUCUGUUCUGUUCUGUUCUGUUCUGUUCUGUUCUGUUCUGUCCUGUCCUGUUCUGUUCUGUUUUAGACAGCUCUGGCUGGCCUGGAACUCUCUAUGUAGACUGGGCUGGCCUCAAACUCACAGGCCUCCACCUGCCUCUGUGUCCUGAGUUCUGAGUUAAUAAGCAAGCACCAUCACACAGGGCUUAGAGAUUGUGUUUAAUUCUAAAAAGUCUAUCGAGUCUAGCCUAAUAUUCUAGACUUCAUAUACUGACUUGAUAAUUUUUUGUUCUUAUAAUGCUUGUAAUUCUUAUAAGCUUUUUAAACUUAGUGUUUUAUUAUAAAAGUGUUCGCUAAUUCCCAAAAGUACAGAAUUAUACAUCAAAUACCCACAAACUUACCCCAGAUUUGAACAUCAAGCUCUGGUCAUGUAUACUUCAUGUGUCUUCACGUUCCUUUUCAAUUUCUCUCUCCCUUUUCUCCUUCAUCUAGUCCUCCCUCCCUCCUUCCCCCUACUUCCUCCCUCCCUCCUUCCCUUCCUUCCUUCCUUUCUGAUUCCCACCAUGUAGUCCCAUGAAGCCCCAGCUUGCUUUAAACUCUCCAUCCACUGACCUCUAUGUUCACUACCACCCUUGGCUUAGCCGAGCUAUUUAUGAAAAAUUUCCAUACACAUGGCUUCACUCCUCCACAGUCUUUAGAGUUUAUGUAUCUUUACAGGAAUAAGCAGCAUCUUUAAAGGUCACGCAUCUUAUGUGGUAGCACAUUCGGGCAAUCCCAGCACUAGGAAAAGAGAGAGGGGGAGGUCAGGAGUUUCAAAGGUCUCAGUCUAUACAACACGACCAAACCUCAAGGGGAAAGUUACCCAUCCUUAAAGGAACAGAGCUUUUUCUAGCACAACACUGUCACACGGAAGUGAAGGCUUCACACCCAGCUGUGGAGUAAAUUCAGAUGAGCCACAAACGGAGGACUCAGAGGACUGGGGGGUGGGGUGGAGGGGUGGGGGUGGGGCUUCAGCAGACAUCGCCUUCAGGGGUUUCCUCAGCUGCAGGAUAUUCUGCAUUUUUCAGGGGGAUCUAUGCCUGAGAUGGACAAGUAUGGUCACGUUGCCUAACCUGGAUCAACUGUGGAAGGCCAGUCCAACUCCAGGUUAGAGCCUGUUUCCUAGGAAACCCAGCUGUGAUGAAAACUCAGAAUCAAGGACCCCUAUGGUCCCAAAACUCUUUAAGAGAUUAUUUGUGCUGGGGGUGGUAGUCCCAGCAUGCAGGAGGUAGAGGCAAGAGCAUGUCCGUAAAUUCCAGGCCAGCCUGGUUUACACAGAAAGUUCCAGGCUGGGCUACAGUAUGCUACCUUGUUUCAAACAAGGGCAAAAAAAAAAAAAAAAAAAAAAAAAAAAAAAAAAAUGGUGUCAGUGCAAUGUCUUAGCAGGUAAAGGCUCCUCCCAGUAGAACUGCUGACCUGAGUUCUGUCCCAGAACCUACCAACACAUGUGUGCACACUCGCACAUGCGCGCGCGCACACACACACACAUACACAAAACAUACAUAGUGGAAAAUAAAAUUCGACUUAAUCCAAAUUUCACAUAUUGAAUGCUCUUGUUCUGUUUGGGUUUGCUUGCUUCCUUUUACUAAGAUCUACUUUUUGUUCUUGAAUUUUCCGUCGAUUUCAGUCGCAGACCUUCUGUUCAAUGAAGAGGCCCUCUUGGCUUAAAAACCGGACUACAUUUAAGUCUGUCAUGCCUGGCAGAGUUAUCGUUCACACAAUCAAAACUUAAGUUGGUUAAAAAAAAAAGAACCCAAAAGUUGUCAAUUCGAUAACACGCACAAGGGAUUGUCAAGAGUAUCUGCCAUGCUUGCUAAAAUUCAAACUUUGUUUCUAUUGUUUUCCACCUUCAGCUUUUAACAGCACAAAGGCCAAAUUUAAGGCUCAGAGUGAUGCCUCCCUCUGCCCACAGGCCAUGAGAUUAGCUAGACCAUCAACAUCCCCGCUGUGUGCAGGCACAGCUGAAGACUCUGUUGUAACAACCUGUAUGCCCUCGGUACUCUUUCCUUUGUCAGUGACUUCCUGCAAAGACAGGGACAGUUGCCCCAUAUUCUUUUAUCUGCCCCCCAUCCCUUCUGGGGAUAGGUCCAUCCCGCCUGCCUUCCAUAAAUGGCUAUCUCUUAGACAUGUCUUCCUCCCAGAUUGGGGGGUUGGUUCUGUAGAUGCUUAUAUUAAAGCAGUGGCUUCAAGGACAGGCAAGUGCAUAGUUUCCCCUAAACUAUGGACCACAAGUCUAUUCUAUGCCCCCUUCUAAAUAAAGCAGGAAAACUGAAGGCCAGAGGAAGAAGCUGGAGUUACAGCCCCAGUUCCCUGGCCUUCUUCCAGAAGACGUCCAAGAUCAAAGAAUGCUGUGCGUCCUACUUACAUCCUGUGACUUCCAUUGCAGAGCUAGCUGCACCUCUCUCUGGAGCACAUGCGAGAAUGAACAAAACGUUCAGGUUUUGUUAUGGCAGGCAGGAUGUGCCUAGACUCCAGUCUUUUAAUCCUGAGCUGUGUUUUCUGCUCUGUUAUACGUGACCCUUUCCAAGCAAAGACAUGUCCCAAAGCAUGGUUAAGUGGCAAGGACAAGAGAUGUGACUGUACUGAAGAGAAGCUGUCCUGGAGCACACACAGAGUUGGCUCUGCUAGGUUUUGGUCACUAUAUUUGAUGCGGUUGAGAGAGGAGCUGGUUGAGGCCCCAGCAUGGUCGUGUGUGUAACAAUACUUCUACUAAUCACAAAGCUGAGGCAGGGGGCUUGUAAGCUGAGGCCAACUUGAAUUACAUAGUGAGUUCUGAACCAGACAGGGCAAUUUCGUGAGGCUCCGUCUCAAGAUGAAAUUAAAAAGGCACAGAGCUGUAACUCCAUGGCACUACCAUGCAAGACCUUGGAUUUAAUUCUCAGUACUGGGCAAGUAGAAACCAAACAAAACCCAAGCCAUGCAUUGGCCAAGACUUUUUUUGAAGCAAGACUGGAUCAGGACUCCCUCAUUUAGUGAACAGAGUUCUCCUGCCCCCACCACCAUAUACAAAAUGAAUUCGCAGGACCAAUAAAGAAAGACACCUCUGGGCAGGGCUGUGGGUGGUAUUUUUUAAUUUCCAUAGUGUAUUUGUUCGUUUUAUUUAUAAGCAGAUCACGUCACUAUUUACAGUACAUGAGCAUAGAGAUUCUACAGUUUUUUGUGAUGUAAACAAUAGCUCCCCAGUGGGAGCUGAGAAAAGAAGCCAGUUCUGAAGUAUUUACAGACCGUUAAAAUAGAACUUUAUACUCACAGAAUAAUAAUACAUAGAGCAAUUUUGGUUAAAUUAUCUACGAAACUAUAGAAUCUGACAAUGUACAAAUACAGGAAAACGGUUGCUCAUUUAGAAGGUAAGACGGAUAAAUCACGCCGGAAACAAAAUAGGGACAAUGACAACCACAAUAAUUAAGAGCAAAGAAGUUCUUCUUCCUCGCCUCUUAUGGAUAUAGUAUUUAUAUAAAUAAGGACACAACCCAACGAAAUGGAAAAAAAUAUAUAAAAAUCUUCUACCAAUUAAAAAAAAUAGCAAAACUAAAAACUCGAUUUUUCAAUCAUUAGCAGUGUCCUUUAAAAAAUUAAAAUUUAGCUUCUAUUAUAAAUAAUAAAGCAGAUGUGUCCCUCUGUAUAGGUGAAAUUCUUGCACCUUUCUCAAGAAAUGCAUCAAUGUAACACACACACACACACACACACACACACACACACACACACACACACGCAUGCACAGCCUUACACUCACACGCACCCCAGGUUACAGUUACCUUGUUGAGCUCCGUAAUACAUAAUGCCCCCUACAGUAGUAUCCUGGGUAUGACCAAAUCUCUAAAGUUUAGCCAUUCCCUGGUUUGACCCUGUCGUAGAGCCAAGGAAAGCCCUGGCUUCCCUAUUGCUCAAAAUUCUCUAGGCUGUAUGGUCACACUAAGAGAAAAGGGUUUUGAGUCCAAGAGUUGGAACUGUUGGAAGGGAGCAAAGAAACCACCUUGCCAAUCCAUUAAGGCUAGCUACAGACAGCAUCUCUUGAAAUUUAGGGUUUAGGGAGCUGGGUAGUCUUGGUUUCAACCUCAGCAGCUGCUUCUAACAAAAGCGUGUGCUUUAGGCCAGUGCUUAAAGGAUGUAGGGGACAAGGAGGCAGCUGCGAACCUCUGGAAUCACUUGCACAGAGUUGGACUUCCGGAUGGUUAUCUUUCCCAGCAACCACUGGGAACCCCACGGGCUCCACUGCCUGUCCCAUGGACUCCUCAGACCAUGCUCCCUUGAGACUUCCAACCUGUUUCAACUGGAAUCAGAACACCCCUUCAGAAACCAAGGUGGGAAUAGUUUAUGACUUAUUAUUCCUAACACAAAAACAUUGGACAAGAUUCAAAAAUACAAAAUACAAAAAAAAAUUAACAAACAAACAAACAAACAAACCUGUUUGGCUAUUCAGUGGACAAUAUCAAAGGUCAUGGCCAGGGCCCCCUUCUCCCCCAAUCCUCAUUCAUAACUUCACUUGUCCCCAAGGUACCAUGUGGGCCACCUAGAAGAGGUUCACUUAACAAGGUUGGCAGCUAGACUGCCAGUAUUGCAGUUACAGUAAACCCCUCGGGACAUGUGGGUGCUGGGUUCAACCCCAUCCCCUCUUCCACAGGAUAAGUAGUGCAUUUCCUGGACUGCAUAAGCUGCUAAGCAGCUGACGAUUUUCUGAGUUGGUGCGGAACACGUAGGACAACCCACUCGAGUUGCUGCAUCUCACUGCCAAGUUAAUGUUGGCCGACUUGAUGGCUGACCAAAGGAACUUAUUUUGCCUUCCCUCUUGGUGUCUGGUGGACACCAGUCUUUGGCCACUAGGUUGGUGACCACACAUUGAUGAGGCAAAGUGCUGACCAAGCUCCUCCACAAGGACACUACCCAAGACCAGCGAAGGGAGAAAGGAGGCUCUUUAAGGCUUCCUUGGAGAAUCCUUUGAUGAAAUAAAAAUAUGGCACGAGGGGUUGUAGCCACGUGAAUACCUUUCAGAGGAGCUGUUGUAGAGACCGAUCGCCUAGAAACCAUAUGUUGCAAGCCCCUUGAUUUGGGCAUAUGGAUUCCUACUCCUUCCAAUAAUCAAGGCAUUCUGAUGAAAUGGCUUUGUGAAAAAUUUGUCUCCCCAAAUCCCAAAGGCUUGGUCACUGCUGCUAUACCUUUAAAGAUUCAAAAAUAAAAUAAAAUAAAAUAAAAUAAAAUAAAAUAAAAUAAAAUAAAAUAAAAAUAAAAGUUGCCCUAAA